UAGGUGCCCUGCACCGCCGCCCAGCUUCAGCGGUGCCCGCGGCCUGGACCACGUGCCCCAACCACCCAGACAAUACCUGCUGUCUCCACUCGGCUCUUCUGCCCUCCUCCCCAGCUAGCCGCUCCUCCGUGCCCACUCCGCCCGUGGUCCGGGCGUCUCCGUUGUCCGGUGCCUGGAACGUGCCCAGCGGGAGCCGCCUUCUGUGGAAAAGCCCGGGCACAGAUCCGGUGUGGGGUCCAGCGUCCCUGAGGUGGGGGGGGGGGGUCAGGCCCGGGCGACCCCAGGCUCUCCACCCGCUUUGCCAGGAUCCUCUCCACCCUUUGGCCUGCAAAUGCUCCACCAUCCCAGUCUGGGAGACGCCGGACCCGCUCCUCCCUCGACCCCAGCCCCGCCCCUUCUGCGCCAGGGCGGCGCGGCUGGGAACCAUCGAGACAGCCGAGCCUCCGAGCCGCCCAGAACGGCCGGAAGUCCGUGAGAAGAAGCGGGAGCGUGAGUCCGAGGCCCGUUUCCGGUUUUGUCCCGCUUUUCGUCCUCGGGCGGCCCAUUGGGAGGGUAUCACCCAGGACACAUGGAUGCCCACCCACCGAGCCUCAUGGUUUCUCUGGGGUGCUGGUGUAUGUCUUUUCAGGAGGCUGUGACGUUCGGUGAUGUGGCCGUGCACUUCUCGAGGGAGGAGUGGCAGUGUCUGGACCCUAGCCAGAGAGCCCUCUACAAGGAAGUAAUGCUGGAGAACCACAGCAGUGUGGCUGGACUAGCAGGAUUCCUGGUCUUCAAGCCUGAGCUGAUCUCCCGGUUGGAGCAGGGGCAGGAACCAUGGGUCCUUGACCUGAAGGGAGUCGAGGAGAGAGAGGUGGCAAGGACCUCCUUUACAGAUUCUGCAGUUGGGAUUGUGAGUGAGCAGCUCUGUGAGGACAUGGAUGUUCUAAAAUCAGAACCCUGUAUGGCCUUGGUCAGACGUUCCCCACAAGGUUUUCCUCAGAAUUUUGGCUUUACAGACACCUCUGAUUCUGAGGUCUGGUCAGAGAAUAAGCCAAGUUCCCUCUUCCAGAAAACCUGUUUAAACACUGGGACCGUGACUCCCAAGAAGACCUUCACCAAGGAGGGUGCCCACGGACGUGGCAAGCUGGAGAGCAGUGGCGUACUGGGUUGUCACCCUGACAAAAGUGAGGGAGGUACUGCAGAAGGGACAUCCCGAAGUUGUGAUAUGUGUGGCAGGAGAUUCAGAUCUACUUCGGACAUUGGUCUGCAUCAGGAACUUAAUACACCGAAGAAAACUAACAGAUGUCCAGAAUGUAAAAAAACAUUACCUAAUUGCUUACAGGGGAAAUCUCGAAGUAACUGGUAUGGAGAGAAGCCGUAUGAAUGUGAGGAAUGUGGGAAAGUCUUCAGGUUGUGCUCACAGCUUAAUCAGCAUCAGAGAAUCCACACUGGAGAGAAGCCAUUCAAAUGCGUUGAGUGUGGAAAAGCCUUUCGUCUGAGCUCAAAACUCAUUCAGCAUCAAAGAAUUCAUACUGGAGAGAAGCCCUACAGGUGUGAGGAGUGUGGAAAGGCCUUUGGUCAGAGCUCCAGCCUCAUCCACCACCAGAGGGUCCACACGGGAGAGAGGCCCUAUGGCUGUCGGGAGUGUGGGAAGGCCUUCAGCCAGCAGUCUCAGCUGGUCAGACACCAGAGGACCCACACUGGAGAGAGGCCCUACCAGUGCCAGGAGUGUGGAAAGGCCUUCAGCCAGAGCUCAACCCUCGCUCAGCACCAGCGGAUGCAUGCAGGAGAGAAACUUCAGCUUCCAAGAAGCCCAGGUAGUCCCAGCCACGUUCCACAUCAGAGAAUCCAUGCUACAGAGAAACCAUUUAAGUGUGAUGAGUGUGGGAAGGCCUUCAGAUGGGUGUCUCGCCUUAGUCAGCAUCAGCUAACCCACACUGGAGAGAAACCUUACAAAUGCAAUAAGUGUGCAAAAGCGUUUGGUUGUAGCUCACGGCUUAUUCGCCACCAGAGAACUCACACUGGAGAAAAACCAUUUAAGUGUGAUGAGUGUGGGAAAGGUUUUGUCCAGGGCUCACACCUAAUUCAACAUCAGAGAAUUCACACCGGAGAGAAACCCUACGAAUGUAGUGACUGUGGAAAAGCCUUCAGCCAGAGCUCAAGUCUCAUUUACCAUCAGAGAAUCCAUAAGGGAGAGAAGCCCUACGAAUGUGUCGAAUGUGGAAAAGCUUUCAGUAUGAGCACACAGCUCACGAUACAUCAAAGGGUCCACACUGGGGAGAGACCCUAUAAGUGUACUGAAUGUGGGAAAGCCUUCAGUCAAAACUCAACCCUUUUCCAACACCAGAUAAUUCAUGCAGGAGUGAAGCCCUAUGGCUGUAGUGAGUGUGGGAAAGCCUUCAGCCGGAGUUCCUAUCUUAUUGAGCAUCAGAGGAUCCACACUCGUGCCCAGUGGUAUCAUGAAUACGGGAAUACACUGGAAGCUGCUACCCAUGUGAGCCGUAGAAAAGUCAGCACUGUAAAGAAACUGCAUAAAUGUAAUGAAUGUGAGAAAAUAUUCAGGUGGCGCUCACAUCUAAUUAUUCAUCAGAGAAUUCACACUGGAGAGAAACCUUACAAAUGUAAUGAAUGUGGCAAAGCAUUUAAUCGGAGCUCACGGCUGACUCAGCAUCAGAAAAUUCACAUGGGAUAGACCACCUGUCUUUAUAAACCUGUAUAAAUGUGAAUAAACCUACAGCCUUAACCUUAUGUAUAUUAUAUGGGAUCGUUUAUGCUGAUAAGAAUUUAGAUUGUGGGGAUAGAUUCCGAAUUGCUCCCUUAAGAAUGAAAAUGUCUAAAUUCACACAAAGUGGAUAUUUCUUUGCUGGAAUGUGUGACCUUAUCCCACUCAGCACAGCCUGUGUCCCUCAAGUCAGGGUGCACAUGUGUAGACUUUUGAGUUCACAGAAGAUCCCAAGUCCUGUGGAUGAGGAAGAAUCAUGGGAAAAGGCCCGUGAGCUCUGCCAGAUGAGUAGCUUAGAAGUUGCCCUGAGCACCAAUUCCUCAAACUGGCUUCAGCAGGAAGGAUGUGUUAGCCCGUGUUAGCAGAAGCCAGAGAAAUCUGCCUAGAACUCCUUUCUCCUGCCUUCUUCACCUGACUCCUUUUCUUCCAAGUCAGUCCCCAUCAGAGCAACUGGGGAUACAGCCAGAGGGCCUGGCACCAGCCUCUUCAGACAGGAGCUUGAAUCAGUGCAGGCACUCCAGGAAUAGCACCUGCAUCCAGGGACCUGGUCUGUGACUCUGGGGUGUCACCGUCCUCCAUGAAAUCCAGAGUCUGCUUAUCUGAGCAUUGUUAACAGGGUGAUGAUAAGAAUUGAACUGUGUGGGACAGCUUGCCCCCACCCCGCCCCUGCCCCACUGAGACCCAAGCCAGCGUCUCCAGUGGAACCCAGUGCAGACUUGGCCUCAGCACUGCGGAAACCGCUCAUGUGAGCCCACCGGAUGCCUCUGAAGGCCAGGCUGCUUACCGGAACUGCUACACAAACUGCCAGAACCGGGACGGUCUGCAAGCUGCAAGUGAGCCCAUUGCCUUUUCCCAGAGGCUGGUGGAGGUGGCGACAGACUGCUCACUGGCAGAAUGAAGCUAACCAGUGCUGAUGGUGGCCCUGCCCUCAGGGUCCUGGACCCACCAACUGUGAAAAAAUUCCAGGGGACCAGAAGUCUUACUCAGACUGGCUGCUACCCACAACCACUCACUCAAGACUUGCCGAUCUUUGGUAUCAUUGCCAGUUAUCAGAAGGGUGAAAUUUGGGCCAGAGACCCUUCCCCGUCCCAAUGGAAAGGCACAUUUCUCCCACAUACAGAAAGGUAACCCAAGGGACACUGGCCAGUCACUUCAGGAUUUAUUGCAAUGCUUGAUUUGGGUCACCAUCACCUGACAUGGUUAAGCCUGUGGGUAGGUCCCUGAGACACAGCCUCAAUGGCCAUGUGUGGUAUAGUCCAGCAGCAGGUUGUGGAUUUGAAUCAGGUGAAAAAUGGGCUGGCUGAUCCCUGUUUCUGCAUUGGGAGAUCCCACAACUUUCUGGCAUUAGGAACAGCAGAGUUCAGGAUGGUGAAGUCCAUGUGUUUGUGUUUCUAAUACGUGGACAGGAGAUCUCGGCCCUAUAGCAGGUCAGCCCAACUGCCACCCACUGCUGCUCAGCCAGGCACUACGUGUGAUGUGUUCUUAGGCCACAGUGCUAGUUCUAGGGAUACAGAUUGUCCCCCUGGCCUGUGCCUGCACCUUUGGAGGUGGUCCCACCCUGGGUGCCAGGACGCUGUGAAAUCAUUGUGCCCAUUUCAGUAGCUGUAACUGCCUCUCCAGCUGGACCUACUCCACCCAGAAGUGUCUCCAAAAGGGUCAGGGCAAGAGGACCAGAGAUUUUGUGGGCCCCCCCUUAGGAAGGCAGUUUGGUUACUGAAUGUGCCACUCCCAGAAAGGAACCCUCUCUCUGCCACUUCUGGGUAAUGAUGGGACAAAGGGGUGGAAAGUGACAUGAACGCUUCCGGAUUCCAGCCUGAGCACAGUGCUUUCUGCCCUCUAAUGGCAACCAAAGGUCAGCUAUAAAGGGCCUGAGGAUUCCACCUAAAUCUUCAGCACGUGGAUUCUCUCUUUGGAUUGACAUGUUUCUAGGUCAGGGGCUGGCAUAUUAUAGCCUACUGGCUAAAUGCUCUUUGCUGCCUGAGUUGAUGCAGCCUGUGAAGAUAUGCACGAGGCCAUUAGACUGGGUGGCUCUUAGGCCUUGGUGACUACACAAGAGACCAAAAUCUAAGCCAGAGUCCGUUACUGUAAAUGCACUCCUGUCUGAGAAAAUGAAACAAGAACACCUGAUCACAGUCAACUAAAUUUUCCCAAAUAAGGCAACUGCUUAAGCCAUAACCAGUGAGUUUCCUAGUUUUGCCUCUGAGUCUUCUCUGUGAACACCUCCCCCUUGUCUCCUGCUGGCACAGGACUCCUGAGGUUUCAAUGUGGUCCUGCCUGCUUCCUGGCCGUGUUUGUUCAAAUAAACCCUUCAAAAAUUUGAAGAACCUCAGUUUACCUCUUAAAAGGCCUAAAAGCUAAGAAGGGUUUUUACACUUUUAAAUGGGAAAAUGACUAUUUUUUGUGACAUUUGAAAAUUCUAUUGAAAUCAGAUUUCAGUGUGACCAAAUAAAGUUUAUUGGAACAGAG